AUGCAUAAAUCAUAUCAAGCAACAGUUCCAGUUUCUAAUAGAUUUCUUAAAAAGAAAUGGGAUGAUAAAUAUUAUUCGGAUCAUCUAAUAUCGGUACGUCAUGCUCAAGCACGUAUUGAUGCAACUCCUCCACAAACAUAUUUACAUCUUCAUAUGAAAUUUAAAAAACUUCAAUUAGAAGAAGAACGUACAGCAACAAUUGAACGUGAUAAUCGUAUAUUAUUAGAAAAAAUGGCACAUAUUAUGCGUACAACUGGUUCUGUUGAUAGUCAUAAUGAUUAUCAAUUAAAAAGUCUUAAUCAAGGAAAACGUCGACAAGAUUUAUUAAGAGUUUCAAAAGAAAAUGGAAAUAUUAUUAAAAGACUUAUUGCACAAAAACUUGAUACUAAUAGAGAUAAUUGGAAAGAUAAUUGGUCAAAAAAUACAUUAUAUUUAAAUAAUAUUGCCAAAUAUGAUGCCGAUUGGUAUCUUUCAAAACCGAAUGGUCAUCAAUUAAAUAAUGGAAAAUAUAUGUCAAAACGUUGUCAAAGUAUCCCACGAGAAGAUAAUAAACCAAUAACAAAUGUUGAGAAUAAAUAUGAAAAAGAAAAAACAAUGAAAGACAAUAAUGAUUAA